AUGAUGACCCUUUUCAGCAGGUUUUUGGAGGCGUGUAACGCGGAGGCAAACAAGGAGCCGCUUUCUCGGCGCUGGAUGCGCGGCAUGGUCCCCAGGGGGGGACGCGAAAUGAUCUUCGGUAUCGGUAUCAACCAGCUAUCGGACGCCUGCGAAGAGCGGGUUACUUUCCAGAACGCCUUCGCGCGGACGGCGGCGGGGUCAAUGAUGGCAGGGGUGAUGGCGGGCUACCUGUCCCACAUCCCGCACAACGUGUCCACACUCAAGCUGCUGCAGCCCCACCUGAGCUACCGCGAUAUCUUCACCACCAUGGUGGACGCCAACCUGCACCGCACGCCUAGAGAGUUCGUACCAGAGGCGAGGAGAACACUAGCAACGGUCCUCACGUUCCUUCUGCCGAAGGGUUGUCUCAUCCGCACCGCUCAGAUCUGUGGAUCGUUCAUGAUCAUCAACGGGACUAUCCACAUGUGCGCGGCGACGGCGACUGGAGUUCCGGUGACCCCGGUGGAGGCGGACAUCCCGCCGCAAACCGUUUCCCGCCAAGACGCUGUUCGAUAGCAGCCUUUUCACUGAAAAUCGAGUGCUGAGUGAUGAGUGCCACAAUCGAUGUCGUUGAUCGGCGCAUGUGAUGUAGCUGGGGGGGGGGCGGGAGGGACUGUUGUCAACGCGCGGCAGGAUUGCAAGCAGCAGCGGCAGCGGUAGAGGGGGCUGGGGUGGAGCGAGCCGCCCUCGUCAGAGUAGUCUAGUAGUCAGUGGGCCUGUUGGGCACAAAUGUAGAACCAUGGCGUGGGAAAAAAUAGAUAUGCUCAUCCGGGUCAUCGUAUCUUUUCAUGUAGAAAGAUACUUGCCUACUUGGGGGGGGGGUCGUAUUGGGCCGUUUCGGGGUAUCCUUUGGACUUGUUUGCGGGAUUGAUUCAGAAUAGCGACGUACACCAGGUACUUGUUGAAGAGAUGAGUAUGAGUAUGAGUAUGACAUACGGAUAUCAGGGUAUUCGAGACCGGGUUUGUUUGUGAAGAGGUGUCCGGGAUUCUUGUACACCACGCGUGUACCAUACCUCAAGGGAUGUGAUGGGUUCGGUGGGUGACAGUGGUUGUAUCGCAGCCCCCAGCGAUGAGAAGACAACUGGGAAUUUGGAGCCCCUUUGUGGACUCCUUAUUUUUUGUCUCUCUGGUAGACUUUUUUCUUUGCUUGUAUCCGUCCCAAGAGCGCAGCCCGUCCGCUCCGCGGCUUAGACAACGCUUGCGGGGCAAAGAUAGCAGAGGGGGAUUGAUGCUACCACGGCCCCUUUGUGGAAACCUUCCAUACAGACAUGGGAGGAGUGACUCAUUUCGGACGCUCCAUUCCUUGGGUUUCCUAGGCGGGAAGAGUGUGCAUGAGAGACGGGGUAGAAUAGGAGAAUGUGUGUUGCUGAGAGAGAGAGAGAGAGAGAGAGAGAGAGAGAGAGAGAUGUGCGCGGUACUGGUUAAGAGGGAAACGCGCACUCUUGUUUUCUAUUUGUAUAUCGUGUUUUACUGUACGACGGGUGUCCGUCUUGCGUGUGUCAUUUAGGGCCGUUUGUUCGCAGCGAUUUUGCUUCCAAUGUCCGACUUUCCAGAUUUCCCAAAUUUGGAACGAGUUUGCGGUGCUAGUAGUUCCAAAUUUCCAAGUUUCUUCCCUCGACCGCAAAUCGAGGUUCAACGGAUUUGGAAAUUUGGAAAAUUGGAAGCGAAAUACCGGUAGCUGCUGUAUAAAACGGUCCUUAGGCAGCCUCACCUAGACCGUAUUCGGAACACCGUUCUUUUUCCGUUUUUUCCGUAGAUGGGUCGGAACAUCGUUCUUUUUUCUUUUUUCCGUAGAUGGGAGGAAGAAGAGUGCUCUCUGGUGUGCGGUUGUGUGUGUAUGCGUGUGCUUGGUCGAGCCAGGCGCUUGUGUCUGCACCGCGAUAGAGGCAGGAGAGACCCCUGCGUGCGUUUCGUGGCCGAAAAUCGCGUCUUGUUUCAAGUUCAGCUGUUGGGAGGCGUGUGGUGUCGUGGACCACGGCAUGUAUGAACGUAAUAGUUAAAACAACAACGAAAAAAUGUGGAGGCGUGGGGUUGUGAGAAACGAACGUGCAGUUCUUUUUUAGGUUCAUCACGGUUAGCGCUUCACGUGCACAAAGCCAACCAAGUGAGAGGUACACCUAAGGUUUGUGGCUCGGGCUCUUUCCCCUUUUCUACGGCACCUUGCUGCCUUCUGGAUUCAGGCACUACUUGUUUUGUUUUUCUUUUUCGCGGUAGGGCGAGAUGUACAAUCCUUCGUUCCCUGGAUCUUGUGUUCAUUUGCUGGAUCUUGUUCUUGCUUUGGUCACCGAUGGACCUCUCGGAAAUCCAUUUGUUUUCCUUGGAGAUUACGGAGAAGAGGAGGAUGAUUGGAUCGCUUGUGGAUGUGAAUGUGAGAGUCAGCUCGCGUUGUGGUGGUGUGAAGGGAUCAACACCGGCACAUACAUACAUGUCACCCGAUUUGUUUGUUUCGCGGCUGUUGCGCGACGCGAAGACUGAGACCAUCGUCUUCUUCGUGGUGUCGCGCACGUACGCGUUGGGUAUUCAGUUUAUUAUUUCCUAGCUAUGUAAGGUUUUGCUUGCCUUUUUCGCCAGUUGGACAGUAUUUGCAACACCCCAACCUCCUCUUGAGUGUUCCGGUGUCGUUGCUCCAAUCAAUGCCGGUCGAGCGAGAGGGGGGUACGGGGGGGCAGGUUACACCUUUUCCUAUCCGGGCGUUUAAUUAAGCAGUGAUCGUGUGGGCUGAAGUUAGAAAUGUAGUGCUCGUAGAUAUAUAUGUCGGCUGAUCGAGGAGUUUUGAUCCCGUGGCUCGAUCUGCAUGUAUGUCGGUUGGCUUAGUGCAGCCCGCGUGCGUGAGUGAGUGUGACAGAAAUCCCACGCGCGAAGGCGGGCGGGAAAAUAGUACGUACGUCCCUGUGUCGUUUACGCUGGUCCCAGCGUACAGCGUUGUUGGGUGCUCUCUGUUCAAUUAGAAGGUUGAUUUGAGGUAGAUGAGGACGUGCUGUGCGAAGAAUACCUCGGAGAGCAGAAAGAACGGUCGUCGUAACGUAUGCAUAUAUAUGCUAAACAUAUGCAGUGAGCAGAGGGUUUGCACUCAAUCCUUCAAUAUUUACCGAUAAUAAUAAUAAUGCAUAUUUCGU